UUCAUGUCUUCUCACAGCACCCCAUGUGGGCCUAAGUGGGUAAAGAAAAGGGUUGGAGUGUAUAUCCUUUGCCAUCAGUACAGCUAAAUGAAUGAUACAGAAUGAGGAGAAAGGGGGCCAUAGUGACGUCUGACAUUGGCUAGCUGAUUUGGGGGCUAAGGGUUUUAAGAUUGGGGGACCAAUAUUUGUAUUUUAAAUUCAGAUGGUAUUUAAAAUAUGGUUCUAUAACUGCAAUGAGGCCCUCUCAUCUGUGAAUUAAUGUGUCAUAACUCAUGUUCAAGUACCACACAAACAUCCAUGGUGUGAAUGAUUACACAAUAAAUUCAAACCCUGUUGUGUCUUACAGCUUAAUUAGUACAUGAAGCUACAUGAGUUAGUUGAACCCAUGUGAGAUUAUGUCAUAUGGUGUGUAAAAAUGGAAAUGUUGGGAAGUAUUUUGCAGUUUUUCAGGGGAGAAAGCAGGGUUGACUUUUCUAUGAUGUCUUUAGUGUCAGUUUCUAUAUUUGUGCUCAACAAGUGAUGUUGGACUUCUGAGCUUUUGUUGCCUGGUUGAACACAAUUGUUCAGUAUGAAUUUAUUGUUUAUUUAGGCAUUAUGGAGGGAUGACAGACACCAGAAGAAAUACAAAACAGGAUCUUUGAGGCCUGACCAAUGGACUGUGGCAACCCCAACUCGACUUAGCUUAAUUCAGCCUCACCAAACAUGAUCCCAGACUGAUCUCAGACUACAUGGGUUUGAUACAGCUGUCUGAUCCUAGAAUCUUCUUCAAUUCCAGCUAGAAUGCUGUAUCAGAUACUUCACAGAUUUUUUCAAAAGCUUGUACGCAAAAAUAUGCCAACAGAGCAUGGGAUUCAAGUUAACAUCCACCUGAGCACUCUGGAUUUAGUUGCCCUCGGUGUGGGCCGCACAGUGGGUAUAGGUGUGUAUGUCCUGGCUGGUGAGGUGGCUAGCAGUCAAGCAGGGCCAUCCAUUGUGAUCUGCUUUUUGGUGGCUGGCCUAUCUUCUGUGUUGGCUGGGCUGUGCUAUGCAGAGAUUAGUGCCCGUACCCAGGUUCCCCAUUCUGGCUCUGCAUAUCUCUACAGCUUUGUCACUAUAGGUGAACUCUGGGCUUUCCUCAGUGGCUGGAACCUCAUCCUCUCCUUUGUUGCUGAUACAGCCAUUGUGGCCUGUGCCUGGACCUUAGUUUUUGCCAACCUGAUUGGGAACCAGAUCGCUCAGACUCUUAAUGAGAACAUCUCACCUCAUGUUCCCCAAGUACUUGCAGAAUAUCUAGGCUUCAUUGUUGUGGGCCUAAUGUUGUUGCUCAUCGAAUUCAGACUGCCAUUUCAUACAUUUUUCCUGGUUGCCAAAGUGAUUACAUUGGUGAAACUUUUGGUUCUUGGUUUUGUCAUCAUCUCUGGCUUCAUUAAGGGAGACCUGCAAAACUGGAAACUCACAGAAGACGACUAUGUAAAAGCUGGACUCAAUGACACCUCAAGCUUGGGCCCUCUGGGCUCUGGAGGAUUUGUGCCAUUUGGCUUUGAGGGGAUUCUCCGUGGAACAGCUACCUGUUUCUAUGCAUUUAUAGGUUUCAGCAUCGUUCUUACAACAGUCAAGAAAGAGCAGAGUUCCCAGUGUUCCAUCCCCAUUGGCAUUAUGAUUUCACUGUUCAUCUGCUUUGUGCUGUAUUUUGGUGUCUCCUCAGCACUUACGCUUAUGGUGCCUUACUAUCAGCUUCAACGUGGGAGCACCUUGCCUGAGGCAUUUUUCCUUAUUGGCUGGGUACCUGCGUACUAUGUUGUAGCUUUUGGAUUUUUCUGUAGUCUUUCUGCCAGCCUUUUGAGCUUUAUGUUCCCCAUUCGUCGGUUGAUACACAUGAUGGCAAAAGAUGGCCUCCUGUUCCCUGUCCUUGCUAGAGUGUGUACUGGCUCAUACUCCCGCAUCAUGGCUUCUGUGAUAUUUAGUAUUAUUGCAGCAAACAUGGCAUUCUUCUUGGAACUCACUGAUCUUGUGGCCCUCAGGUCACUUGAGUCUCUGCUAGCUUACUCCCUGGUUGCUCUUUGUGUUCUCAUCCUUCGAUAGCAGCAGAGUGGAGGAAAUGAACCAAUGGUUCAGGAGAAGAAUGGACCGGCAGCAGAGAGGCUAACUCUACAAGGACUACUUUUUCCAGGCAGCCCCACCCCCACUCCACUCUCUGGCCGGGUUGUCCGUGUUUGCUCCUCACUGCUUGCUCUGCUGCUAAUUCUUCUUGGCUUGGUGCUGGCCCAGUGGCCAGUUCUGCUUUCUGGAGACCCAGUGUGGAUUUCAGUGGUUGUGCUGCUCCUGGUGCUCAUCACUGGGCUUACUGGGGUCGUCUGGAGACAGCCUCAGAGCUCCAGUCCCCUUCACUUUAAGGUCCCUGCUCUGCCUCUUCUCCCACUACUGAGCAUCUUCAUGAAUGUUUACCUUAUGAUGCAGAUGACAACUGCCACCUAGGCCCGAUUUGGUGUCUGGACGCUGAUUGGGUUUGCUAUCUACUUCAGCUAUGGGAUCCAGCACAGCCUGGUCUAUUAACCCCACCUAAGUUAAGGCCAAAACUGUAGACCUUGAACUCAGCAGUGCCAGUACAUAUUCUGCUUGAUAAAAUAACACCUGAAUGCAGUCUGGUCCCUUUGCAUAAUAGUGGAGAGUAUUUUUGAGCACAUAGAAAGUUAGGUCUCCCAUGGGAUGCUGAUGUGGGGGAACACUAAUAGAGCUCUGUAUUUAUUGUGGAAUGAAGGAUGUGGCUUUGCUCUUUCUUCUUUAUUAUUUCUUACUUGUAUAUUUGUUAAUUAUGUCUAUAGUUGUUUACUGGCUUUUAAAAAAAUAUUAA